AUGAACCUAAGCUUCUUUGACCAAUUCUCAAGCCCCUAUUUAAUAGGCAUACCAUUAGCCCUUCUCUCUAUUCUCUUCCCAGCCCUACUAUUCCCCUCCCCCAGCACCCGAUGAAUCAACAACCGUCUCAUCACCCUUCAAUCAUGACUAAUCCACUUAAUCACAAAACAACUAAUAACACCCCUAGACAAAAAAGGCCACAAAUGAGCACUAAUCCUUACAUCCCUAAUAAUACUACUCCUCAUAAUCAACCUCCUAGGCCUACUACCCUACACAUUCACCCCUACUACCCAACUAUCUAUAAACAUAGCUCUAGCCUUCCCACUCUGACUCGCCACCCUCCUCACAGGACUACGAAACCAACCUACAACCUCCUUAGGACACCUACUGCCCGAAGGCACCCCCACCCCACUCAUUCCCGCUUUAAUCAUAAUCGAAACUACAAGCCUACUCAUCCGCCCACUAGCACUUGGAGUCCGACUCACAGCAAACCUAACAGCAGGACACCUGCUAAUUCAACUCAUUUCCACAGCCACUGCCACCCUUCUCCCCAUCAUACCUGCAAUCUCCACCCUAACCAUACUAGUCCUUUUAUUACUCACCAUUUUAGAAGUAGCAGUAGCUAUAAUCCAAGCGUACGUCUUCGUCCUCCUACUAAGCCUAUACUUACAGGAAAACAUUUAA